GGGAUUGCUCUUGGGCUGCCGGAUCAUAUGUUGCAACGGCCUGGCUCUGGCGCGUUUGCCGCCUGUAGGCUGUAGGUUGUCAACCCUCACCAGUAGGCAACGGCGACGCUUCCCGGCAUAGCCCUUCCCCAGUCUUGCUCUCGCCGCCCGUCCACCUGCUAAGCGACCAGCGUCGACGUCAUGUUGUACUACCAACAGAUGCGAUCCCUCUGUCCGAUUGCUGAUGGAGACACGCCGCUCCGAGGCAGAAGGCCCCCUCUCAACUCGCGUUGCCGCCGUCGACGACGCGCCACCAACGCCGCCAGCCCCAACGACCGGGCGAAGGAAGGCGGGUCCUGUUAGGGAAUGGUUAGUCGUCUCCGCGUCCGGGUGGUCGUACCAGGAGGAGGUUGGGAAGCACUCGAUCAUGCGCCGCAUGGGUCUCCCCUCCCGCGAUCUACGAGUCCUCGACACACUGCUGUCGUACCCCUCCACUAUACUCGGACGGGAGCGUGCCGUUGUGAUCAAACUGGAGCAUAUUCGGGUGAUCGUCACCGCCACGGAGGUCCUCAUCCCCAACUUCAGGGACCCCCUGGUCGCCGCCUUUGUCCAGGAUCUCAAAUAUAGGGUUUCCACUUCGAUCAGCCCCCAACAGGAUGUCAGCACUUCACGAUCUCCUCCAUUUCCUGAUGUUUGUGUAUCACCCACACAGACUGCGAGGGAUUCUUCAAAUGAUUGUAUGACAUUGCAAACGCUCAUGUCAGCUCAUGACAGGCAGGAGCCCAGCACUGGGAUCAAAACGGAUGAAGCAGUAUAUAUGGGGACAAAAGUUUUACCUUUUGAAUUCAGAGCACUUGAAGUGUGCCUUGAAUCUGCCUGCAAAUUUUUAGAAUCAGAGGCUUCCAAACUAGAGAAAGAGGCAUAUCCAACUUUAGAUGAGUUGACUUCUCAAAUCAAUUCUCUGAAUCUUGAGCGAGUUAGACAGAUAAAAAAUCAUUUGGUUGCACUAUCAGUGCGUGUGCAGAAGGUAAGGGAUGAAAUUGAACAUUUAUUGGAUGAUGACAUGGACAUGGCUGAAAUGCACUUGACAGAGAAGCUCCUCCAUCAGUCGGAAAGGGGAUCAUCAAAACUUGAAAACUCUGUUAAACCCGAUGAAGAAAGUGAUGAACUAGAGUCUGAUGCUGCAAAUGGCAAAGAGAAUGCAGGUGGUUUCGACGCUGACAUCCAUGAGCUUGAAAUGCUCUUAGAGGCUUACUUUAUGCAGAUUGAUGGUACUUUACGCAAACUAUCCACGGUAUCAAUUCUUUUAACUCUAAGAGACUAUGUCGACGACACUGAGGAUUACAUCAACAUCAUGCUUGAUGACAAGCAGAACCAUCUGCUACAGAUGGGAGUCAUCCUCAGCAUGGCCACCAUUCUACUAACUGCUGGCAUCCUUGUGACAGGUAUAUUUGCGAUAAACAUACACAUCCCACUGUACGAUUCUCCAUAUAUCACGUUUGAGGAAACAGUGGGAGCUCUUGUAGGAGGUAGCAUAAUUUUGUUCAUAUUAGCCAUUUGGUGGGGUAGAAGAAGUGGGAUACUGCAGUAAAGAUAUGCUCAUCCUGUUAUCCGACCAGGUGAGCUAGUGUCUUAUUUACGAGUCGAGACCGAUUCCACACGAGUUGGAAUAGAUUUUUUAUUGUUGAAGUUUUAAGUUUUUACAGAUUGAAACAGAUAAUUUCAGGGCAGACAUUAUUUGUCACGCCUAAUUACUUGUAUAUUUACUUGAUUUACUUACAAAGCAAAUUAUGUAUGUGCCAUUUAAUUUAAUUAAAUUUGUGGAGCAUUUUACGUUCUUCA